GGAAUGGAGCUCAGUCGGGUUAUCGAGCGGCUGGAGAGCGAGGAUCAGGACUCAGUGCUUGCUGCUCUGCAACUUCACAAUACGGAGAAUUCUCAACGUUUCCUGUUUGAAGUGGAGGAUAGAGAGUUAAGACAGAUCAGGCUUGUCCAACGUAUGGCUCACGGGCCAGAUGCGGCCUUAGAAGCCCCUCUAUACAGCCCCCGGAGCCAGUUUUCAAAAUGCCUGUCAAACAGAAACUCGGCAAGUUGGUGAUCAAGUUUCUGGAGCGGGAUUUGCAGCCAGCAUGCCAGGUGGCCUGUUUGGGAACAGUGCGCAUUCUAUCCCGGGACAAGAACAACCUGAGGCCAUUCACCACCAGGGGAGCCAUGCGGGCUCUGGCCAAACAUGCUGGAAUUGAUUAUAGUGAAGAACACUUGGAUGGGAUGCCUGACGUUGAUGUGAUAGUUGAGGCCCUGAAAUGCCUCUGCAACGUGGUGUUCAACAGCCCCACAGCGCAGGCGAUCGGUGCGGAAAGCUGCAUGGUGUUCGGUCUCACCGAGCGACUCAAACUUUACAAUGGGAAGAACCUGACGCAUGACAUCAAAUUCUUUGACUGCCGCCUGCUCUUCCUCCUCACGGCUCUGAGGUUGGACAUCCGCAGACAACUGGGUCAGGAGCUGCGUGGUGUGAGUCUGCUGACUGAUGCUCUGGAGAGCACACUGAGUGUGAGGUGGUCAGACAUGUAUGAGGUGGCCACUGAUGGACCUCCGCUGGCCCGUCAGCAAACUGACUGCGCAAUGGAAAUCCUGAAGAUCCUCUUCAACAUCACUUUUGACUUGAACAAAAGAGAAGUGGAUGAGGAAGAUGCUGCUCUUUAUCGCCAUCUGGUCGCCAUCCUGCGAUACUGCCUCCUGGUCAAAGCAGACGGAGAGGACAGAACGGAGGAACUGCACAGUCACACGGUGAACCUGUUGGGGAAUCUACCCCUGAUGUGUUUGGAUGUCCUGCUCACCCCCAGAGUUCAGCUGGGCUCUGUUGAGUAUCUGGGAAUGAACAUGGAUGCUGUCAAUCUGCUCCUGGAAUUCUUGGAGAAGAGAUUGGAUCGGGGUCACAAGCUGAGGGAGACACUGACCCCUGCUCUCAACUUGCUAACGGAGAGUGCCCGGGCACACCGAGAAACCAGGAAAUUCCUCCGUAUGCAGGUUCUCCCUCCGCUUCGUGAUGUACAAACACGACCUGAGGUGGGAAACUUACUCCGGAACAAACUUGUCCGACUGAUGACUCAUAUCGACACAGAUCUCAAGCACUGUGCUGCCGAGUUCCUCUUUGUCCUGUGUAAGGAAAGUGUGGCAAGGUUUGUUAAGUACACUGGCUAUGGAAAUGCAGCUGGGCUGCUUGCUGCCCGUGGACUGAUGGGAGGCCGGACAUCAGAGGGAAUGUAUUCCGAGGAUGAAGACACUGACACCGAAGAAUAUAAAGAAGCCAAAUCCAACAUCAACCCUGUGACGGGUCGAGUGGAGGAGAGAGCGGUGAAUCCCAUGGAUGGAAUGACAGACGAGCAGAAGGAAUAUGAAGCCAUGAAACUGUUUAACAUGUUCGACAAGCUCUCCAGGGAGCAGAUAAUUCAGCCAAUGGGAGUGACCCCGGAUGGGAAACUAGCUCCUUUGGAAGAAAUGAUGCAGCACAUAGUGGAAGUGCAAGAGACGUCAGAUUCUGACUCUGAUUCAGACUGAAACAGCCAAGUGCAAGGAUGCCUGUGGAGGAACACUUUUGAUGAACUACAGAGGGCACAUACAUAACAGAAACAUUUUUAUCUGUCAGACUGUGAAUUGUUCAUGGGUUUGUUCCCCAUUCAACGCAGAAAAUAGAGGUUUGGAUCAAUUUUUAAUAUAAUAAAUAGAACAAUGAAAUGA